AUGAACAAGACUUCAUGGAAUCAAACAUCAGCUGUUUUUAAAUCAAUAUCAGUGAAGAAGAAGAAGACAAAGAAGAAGACACAGAGGAAGGAGAAGAAGAAGAAUACACAGAAGAAGGAGAAGAAGAAGAAGAAUACACAGAAGAAGAAGAAGAAUACACAGAAGAAGGAGAAGAAGAAGAAGAAUACACAGAAGAAGGAGAAGAAGAAGAAGAAUACACAGAAGAAGGAGAAGAAGAAGAAGAAUACACCGAAGAAGAAGAAGAAUACACAGAAGGAGAAGAAGAAGAAGAAUACACAGAAGAAGGAGAAGAAUACACAGAAGAAGAAGAAGAAUACACAGAAGAAGGAGAAGAAGAAGAAGAAUACACAGAAGAAGAAGAAGAAUACACAGAAGAAGAAGAAGAAUACACAGAAGAAGAAGAAGAAUACACAGAAGAAGAAGAAGAAUACACAGAAGAAGGAGAAGAAGAAAGAGAAGGAGAAGGAGAAGAAGAAUACACAGAAGAAGGAGAAGAAGAAAGAGAAGGAGAAGGAGAAGAAGAAUACACAGAAGAAGGAGAAGAAGAAAGAGAAGGAGAAGGAGAAGGAGAAGAAGAAUACACAGAAGAAGGAGAAGAAUACACAGAAGAAGGAGAAGAAGAAAGAGAAGGAGAAGGAGAAGAAGAAUACACAGAAGAAGGAGAAGGAGAAGAAGGAGAAGGAGACACAGAAGAAGAAAAGGAAACACUAA